AAUUAUCCUGUCAACUGGUGCCAACCUACCGCGCAAUUGCGGUCUGCUUUCCGACUCAGUCGUUUUCUUACUGGUCAGCAAUCCCAUAGGACCACAUGGCGAUUUCGAACCCGCUAUGCCCGACAUGCGAACGUGCAUUUGCAGCCAACGACGAUACUACUUCACACCAUACAGCUGCCGAAGAGCUCCAGCGAUCAGUAGAAAAAGGCUGCUUUAUCUGCAAGCGAUUGUACAACAAGAUCCAAGAAUUGCGAAAUGCUCAUGCAACAGGAGAAAGUAUAGACCGUCCGCUUUUUGAUGAGAUCCGAUACACUCGACAAUGGAGUGGAAACGACUGGUCAGCACGUAAUUUCACCGUAGAAGCGUUUGGCAGCUACUCAGAGAUCUGGUUUGAUUGUAUCAGUAAGGAAGUCGCCAAGCAACUAGGACUUCGGACCUCUCUCUACCCUUCAUUAAGAUCGCCGAAUAGUUUGAAGCAAGCAAAGGUAUGGCUGGAGGAUUGUCGACAGCACCAUGAGCUAUGCAAUCGUCGACUACAGAGUACAUUUGUUCCGACCAGACUCGUCCAUGUUCGCCAGCUCGAGAAUGGCUCUGUCACUUCCGCUUGUCUAGUUAUUGACACUUCACUCCCUGCUAGGACCCCUUAUCUAAGUCUAAGCCACUGUUGGGGAGGAGCAAAAUUCCUUACGCUGACGGGUGCGAACCUUGGCCAGUUACGAGAAGCUAUUCCGGUUGCUGAGCUUACCGCUGUCUUUCAAGAUGCUUUAUAUGUUGCAUUCCAACUAGGUAUUCCGUACGUUUGGAUUGACUCACUUUGCAUCAUCCAGGAUAGCCCCGCAGAUUGGGAAUACGAGUCAAAACGAAUGGGGGAGGUGUAUAAAGGGGCCGUAUGCAAUCUGUCAGCAUCAGCGUUCAAGACUGGCAAGCAAGGCCUCUCCUCAGAGCGAGGCAGUCAUUUGUCGGGAUUUCUGCCUCUGCAGAUAGACACGCAAAACGGGUCAUUCAGCACUUCUGCAGCUUGUCCCGAAGAUGCGCAGUUUUAUGUGGCGGAGGGAUCUGUAUUGCGUGGAAAACCCUGGGAGGAAAUAUGCAAUGGUCCGCUGUUCGAAAGGGCGUGGGUUUUGCAGGAGCAAAUUCUGGCUCUUCGUGUCCUUCAUUUUGGUAAAAGAGAAAUGUUUUGGGAAUGUAGACAAGUUUUCGCGAACGAAACAAGGGCAUCCGGCUGGGCCAGCUUACCCACACAAUGGCACGGUGAGGAUGCCCAUGUCGAGAAUGCGCUGGGCAGCAUGGGCGAUGCUUUUCGUUACCAUAAACAGCGAAAUCCUCUUUGGCAGUUCAUGGUCGAAGAUCUCGAGUCUGUGGAGUCGUCCGAUGGUCUAUGGAGGCGCAUCGUGCGAGACUACUCUGCUCGCAGCCUCACAUACGCGAAGGAUCGACUCCCAGCGCUGAGCGGCGUCGCUACAGAAUUCAGCGCCAUGUAUGGGCGCAGUCAGUAUCUGCUUGGACAAUGGAGUGAUGAUCUGCAUCUUGGACUCCUUUGGUCACAGAAGCGUCCUUUUCCAUCAUCUGCCCACGCUCUUGCCUGGCCUGAGGUUCCUAGUUGGUCUUGGGCUUCUCUCAACGCACCUGUAGAUUGGUAUCUCUACGACCUGACUGUCGAUAGCCAACAAGAUCCUACGUCACUGUGCAAAAGCAUCAACCCAAUGACCGAACCUGAUUCGCAUGCGAUGACCUUGAUAGGAAACUUAAUGCGACUCGACGUGCCAGAUCAAAACGGAGGGCCGCGGUGGUUCACUUUCGACAACGGGAGCCUUACGCUGGCCUACUGGACCUUUUUCUCGUGGCAGUUUUAUCUGGACCAAUGGUAUUUCGACUCACUGCAGGGGAAGGACGAUGAAAUGAAGACACAUGCAAUGUUGAGCAGCGUUUUCUUCAUCCCACUUCUCUACAAGAACUACAGACAGAUCAUCUGCCUUGUUUUGCUACCGUUACCAAGUGUAGGGCGAGGGAUCUUCCGACGUGCGGGCAUACUCCAUAUCUAUAACCCAGCUGGAGGGGUCAAUAAGAAUUUUACACCAACGGCACGCGAGUACCAGAAGAAUAUCACGGAGAAUUUCUAUCAAGAUUGCGAUGGUGAGGGGAAUUAUAAGAUUUCUAUUAUCUAG